AGCGCCAAGCAGCACCUCCCGUUUCCACACAAGAGCGCACCACUUUACUGUAGCACCACCACUGGAGAUACACGCCGGCUGAAAGCUGAGCUGCCACUCUGCGAACACGGGCGUCUUUCCACAAGUCACUGGAGAAAAACAAAAGACAGCAUGUCCCGCAACUCUUCAUUCACCUCCUAAUUUCCCCGCAAUGUGUUUUUGUCUGGAUUAAGUUUUCAUUUCGAGGGACGCGGUCGGCUGUGGGGAGAAACAUGAGGAUAACUGUCGGUUCCCGUGGAUGAUGCUGCCCCGCAAUGAACGCAGAUUUUCAAAAUCCACUGCAAGUCCCUCGACCAAAGCUCCGCAGUCAUCUGACCAUCAAAGUGCAGUCCAAACUGAUGUCCAGGCCGUGUCCCCCUGUCCGUGGUCCAAAACCUCCUGUCGCCCCAAAGCCCAGACCCCUGUUUGAGUCUCAUACACAGGAGGAGCCCUGCCCCCCACAGCGCCUGAGCAACGGAGACCUGGCUCACUCUGAUGGAGAGACGGAGGAUCUCCACGAAAUGGCUGGGGAGAAUCAGGACAAAGAGGAGAAAAGUGAGGCAGAGGAUGGGGCUAAUGACGAGGAAACGGAAGAAGAAGUCGACAUAUUAGAUAAUGAUGCCGACAGCACUGGCUCAGAGGACACAGUCAAAGCAGAUGAUGGUUCUACUGUUGACGCUACUGAGGAUGAAAACAAUGACACUGACUUGAACCAGCCUGAAGGUGGCAAUCACACUGAUGAUGAGAACAAAUCAACGCCUUCACUUACUCCUGCUGAAAUGGAAGGUGAGACAGGAGAGGAGGCAGAAGAGGAGGAACAGAGUUUCAGUGAAAACAGUGAAAUAGUCUGUGAAUCUACAGGACACUCAGACGAACAUGUAGAGGAACAAAGUCUUGAUCAAACACAGUCACUCAGUCAGGGUGAUAAGGACAAUGAUACUGGAUGUAAUGAAGUGGACAGUGAGCAGAGUGAGGAGUGUUUGCACUGUGGUUUAAACACAGAUGAGAACGAGCUGGAAGCUGGAGGUUUUGCAUAUGGAUUCAGCGUGCUUCCAACUGUAACUGAGGAGUAUCCCUACGACGUGAUUGGCCCCACAGAUGAUGCUAGUGAUACAUGUGAGUCAUGUGACACAGCUGAAACAGGCGAAACAGGGGUAUGGCAACCAGAACGGGCCACCAAGGACCUCUCUGGUUGUUUUAGAUUCGCAUCCAGUACUGAGGAUGUAUUUGGGCCUUAUUCCGUCAUUGAAGCUCUUCCGCCAGAUAUGACCGGCACUGCUGACCCAGAGUGGAGUCAGGAUGAUACUGAUGACAAACCUUCAAAUGAAGUUCAGACAGCAGGUGCUUCUAAUCAGGAACCUUACUAUGUGUCAUCAGAUGAUAUGGACAAGCUAGAGGAUAAGAUAGAGGAGGACGCCGAGCAGUCGAAUCAGCACAAAGACAAAGCAAGGGACGGUGAGUCAGCUGAUGAGUAUGCAGACAUUGAGGAUUCACUCUGCCCUCAAGCAGAUAACUUAGAGCAGGUUGAGUGUGUCUCAUCAGAGGAUUAUGUCGAAAUAGGCGAUGACGAAGAAGAGGAAGAAACGGAAAAGAAACACAUCAAAGGAAAAAGUGUGAAAGAAAGAACGGCUAAACGAGAGCAGGCUUUCCUCAGCCAGAGAACAAGCUGCCAGCCUCGCCUCAGGUUGUGCAACAUCACAGUGCCAUCAGACCUGGACGUAGGCCGCACCCCAGAGCUCACCAACAGGGUGGUGUUUGCCCACACCACUGAGGCCUUUGAAGAGGACAUUGAGGAACUGGACUGCCAUAUUGUGCCUUACUAUGAAGACACAGACUCGGACAGUGAUGAGCAUAUAUACGAAGAGGCAGGGUUUGAUUCAGAAGGGGAGAACUUUGUGACACUUGAUCGAAAGACUAUUGUCACACGAUCACGCUCUUAUUCUGGUAAAGUUCCAGGUUAUGUCCCAGAAACUGUGCCAGAGGAGACAGGGACAGAGUACCAGGCCCACGACUACUGCACAGUACCCUUGGAUAAAAACAAUGAACCAUUUAGCCAUUCACAGCAGCCUGGGAUCAACUGUUUGGUCCCAUCCAUGAAGUCUCGCCACUUCUUGUUUUAUUCCCGAUCUGCAGAGGGUCCAGAGUUGACUUUGACCACUCCCACAGAGAUCAGCCAUUCUCUGAAGGAUGAUAUCAGAAUAAGGAGGAAAGAUGAUAAUCUAUCACUCCCAUGUGUCAUCACCUCUUCUGGAAGCUUCUCCCAGCGUAGCCAUCAAUCAUCCAGUGGUGUUUCUACACCAACCUCUCUAGUGGACAUCCCGCCACCCUUUGAGCUGGCCUACAUCACUAAAAGACCUGUUACUAAGAGUUCCCCAUCCCUCCUGAUCCAGCAUGAGCAUAAUGAUAUACCUAAGAAGAAGAAGUCCUCCUUCAAGCGCUUCCUGGCGCUCAAGUUCAAGAAGAAGACAGAUUCGAAGGGUUUCAGUGAUGGAAGUGUCCGCUCUUCACGUUCUUCCUCCGAGUCCAGCCACCACGGCCCAGCAAGGGUCAUAGAGCUUGAUCGUAGAAGCACUGGCAGCUCUCCUCAGCUUCAGUCCCGCAUUGUGAACCCGCAGCAGCGUCCUUCAGACCUGCCACCCUUUGUCUUCUACAAAGACCACCAGAGAAGGAAAGGUGACCCGAAAGCUUAUGGCAGGGGUGUCUCUAGAGUGGAGUCUUUCGAGGAGCGUUCUCGGCGCUCCGUCAUGCCGCUGCCUUUGACCAAACCCCGCUCCAUCUCUUUCCCCAGUGCAGACACCUCAGACUAUGAAAAUAUCCCAGCCAUGAGCUCAGACUAUGAGAACAUCCAGAUCCCAGGCAGACCCACCAGAUCCCACACUGUGACUGAGUUUUUUGAGGACCCAAAUCGCACUACAGUCGCCUGCAAUGAGAAUGAUGGCUAUGUGGAUAUGAACAGUUUCCCUGGGAUUGACAGCAUAACCCAGACAUCAAAAGAAGACACUGAAAGUGCCUACACAGAGCCUUUCCCAAUGAACCCUGUCCCUGCUGGGCUGUCAGCGGACGAGGACCACGGGCGUACUUCAGAGGAAGAAGAGGGGGUGGCUGAGCAGAGUUAUGACCGACAGAUUGAUGGCCGAUCCCGAGCGUUCUAUGUCGCCAAGGAGCUCCUCGACUCGGAGAGACUACACGUCAGUGCCCUCAAGUACCUUCAGGAGGACUUCAGGUCAGCGGUGACAGAGGCAGUGGGUGAGGAAGAGGAGCCUGUACUGGAGGAGCAGAGGUUAGGAGAGAUAUUGGGCGUGCUCCCCCAGGUCUACACCCUCCACAGCAGCAUCCUCACUGAGCUGGAGGAACGCGUAAGCCAGUGGGAGGAGAGCCAAAGGGUGGUAGAUGUGAUCCUGUCACGUCAGGAAGACUUCAAGGUGUUUGACACCUUCAUCUCAGAGUAUGAUCGCAGCAUGUCCUUACUGGAGGAGAGCUGCAAGGACAACCAGGCCUUCAGCGACAUCGUCAAGAAAUUUGAGGCAAGAAGCCCAGAAGAAGCUGAAGUCCCAUUGAAACACCAGCUGCUGCAGGUUAUAGUGAGAGUACUUCAAUAUCGAAUGCUACUCACAGAUUACCUGAACAACCUCUCUCCUGAUUCUAAAGAAUACGAGGACACACAAGCUGCCUUGGUGAUCGUGUCCGAGGUGGCAGACCAGGCCAAUGACAAUCUGAAGCAGGGGGAGAACUUGCUGCGUCUGGUCCACAUUGAGUACAGCGUGAAGGGCAAGAGGGACCUCCUGAAGCCAGGAAGGAUGUUUGUGAAAGAGGGCACACUCAUGAAGGUCUCGAGGAAAAGCAGACAGCCCCGACACCUGUUUCUGAUGAACGAUAUAAUGCUGUACACCUACCCUCAGCAGGAUGGAAAAUACAGACUCAAGAACACACUAUCUCUGUCUGGGAUGAAGGUGAGCAAACCUGUUCUUGACAACGUGCUGAACUGUCUUAGGAUCGAGGUGUCCGACAUCACUAUUACACUCUCAGCCAGCUCAGUCGGGGAGCGGGAGGACUGGUUCCACACACUGAGUCGAGCCAUAGCAGACCAUGCUGCGGGACUCUGUACGUUUGGUGGACCCUGCAGCGAGGCCCGUGAGAAGUUGUGGAUGGCCCUUGGUGAGGCUGCCCCUGUACUGGUGCCAGUUUCUCAUGUGAUGAUGUGCAUGAACUGCACCACUGACUUCAGCCUCACACUGAGACGACACCACUGCAACGCUUGUGGCAAGGUGGUGUGCCGCGCUUGUUCCAGGAACAGAUACCCACUGAAGUACCUCAAAGACAGGGUGGCCAAAGUGUGUGACCACUGCUAUGCCGAGCUCAGGAAACGAGGUGGCAGCAUAUCGGGGGCGUGUGGUAACACCAGCCCUCGGACUCACCGGGCCAGCCGUCCUCUCUCGGCUGUCUUUCAGAGCCUGCAGCCCCCGAAUUUGUGGAAGAGCAGGAAGAGCACCUCCUCUCUCAACCAGGUGUCGCUUACUGUGGAGGGCUCCACCAUGAGCGGCAGCCUGCAGCGCCAGAAGAAAAGCAAGAGGAAGUGGAAGCGACUAUGGUUCCUCCUCAAAGACAAGGUGCUCUACACCUUCACAGCCCGUGAGGAUAAAGUGGCUUCAGAGGGUCUACCUCUGCAGGGCUUCACUGUCAAGCUGACUGAGAGGCCAGAGGGAGAGGAAAGCAGCAAUGUGUUCCAUCUCUACCACAAGAAGACCCUGUACUACACCUUCAGGGCCGACGAUCCACACACUGCACGCAGGUGGGUCAAUGCAAUGGAGGAGGCUACUGUUUUAUAGCACCUGCUCAGUGAACUGAACACGUCCUGCUGUCUGUGACUGCUAGAAACUCCUCCGUGGAGCACAACAUAGCUACCUGCUGCUUCUGAACUCAGACCAUCAGUAAGAAUUCAUCACAUCUGACCUGUUGUGGAGUAUUAUGUGACAAUGUGAUCACUAGGCAAGGCUGCCACCUAAUGGUAGGAAGGUAACAGUGGCUGACGACAGUGUGUGGAAAGGAGAAGAGGAAGGAAACCCCUUUGAUUCCCAAUGUGCUGAUCCAGCCCAGUUCACAGGAGCCUUCGAUUUUUAGGAGUAGCUUGGAUUCAUCAAAUGCGUCAUCCAAGAGAACAUUUUAGUUCCUCUGUUUUACCUUUUCAUAAGGAUAAUCCCACAAAAAAUGUUCAACUCUUGGCUGUAUUUUGAUGUCUUUUACCUGAGGUUCCACUGGAUUAUUAAACCACUUUUUUGGCUCUGCAGGAGAACAUCACAUCCUUCAUUUUUAUAUGUGAGACAGCCUCAGCCUGUGUUCUGUGAUGGGUAUAACAUCACAAACAAUCUUUGCUCCAUAGUAGUGUUUGCAGCUAGUAAAAGGGAAAAUACUGGUCACCAUUCUAGAGAGAUAUUUGGUAUUCUGAAUAUAUAUUGUGAAAUAUACACUGCAGAUAAUGAAGUGAAUUAUAGGAUUUGUUUGUAUAGAAAUGGUGUUACAUGAUGUUCUGGGUAAGAGGUCAUUUUAAUCAUCCCAGUGUGUGUACAUUAUAUUUCUUGUGGAGUUUUACUAUUAUAUUGAAUCUACAAGGCUAUGGAAUGACCCUCAGCAUGACAACCACUCAGUAUUUCUAAAGACGAACACUUUCAAAGACACUUUGUAUUUGAAUCUGUAGGUUUUGAAAAAAAAAAAACACCAUACAGUUCUGAAGUGCCAAUUAAUUUCUUCCAGUUGAAUGCAGUGCAAUUUGCAGUUGAUGAUGAAUGUGCCUGAAAUGAAAUUGUACUCCUUGUUUGUCUUUGUAUCAUCAAAGUACUGUACUACUGUCGUGUCUACAGAAGAGACCUUGAUAACAUUAGCUUUUUAUCUACUCUUAUAUACUUUAACCUGCUAGUAUUUUUUGAACAAUUCAGUUACAGCCCAGUAACAUAAGAAUAUACUAUUGUGCCAUUUUUAUUAAUGCCUUUUUUCAUGCUGUAUACACUGCUGGAUAAAAUCACACUUUACCUACUUGGACUUUAUGGAAACGGCUGGAAAAAAAAAUAAAGCCAUCGUCAUACUACCUAUAAACUGCCAGUGUUAAGAGUCAUCUGAGCCGCUCAUUUCUUCAGCAGUAGUGUGACACUGGAGUUUCACUCUUCUCUACUGUUUUAACAUAACCCAGCAUCCAUAGUUUCUCUUAAAGGGACAGUUCACCCCAAAAUCAAUACAACAGAUUUUUCCUCUUACCUGUAGUGCUGUUUAACUAUCUAGAUUGUUUUGGUGUGA